UCGCGGCCGAGCAGGACCGCAGCGGCCCCGCGACCAUGCGCCGCCUCCCGCGCGCCGCGCUGCUCCAGCUGCAGCUCGUCCUGCUCGUGGCCGCGGGCCCCCCCGAGGCGCCGGUCAGUGCGCCGCGCAGCCUGGUGUGGGGGCCCGGGCUGCGGGCGGGCGUCGUUCUGCCCGUCCGCUAUUUCUACCUGCAGGCCGUCAGCCCGGAGGGCCACAACCUCACCCGCUCGCCCCCAGGUCAAACACCAUUCAAAGUGGUAAUCAAAUCUCUCUCGCCUAAAGAGAUAGUUCGGAUUCAUGUCCCUAAACCUUUGGACAGGAAUGAUGGGACAUUUUUGAUGCGAUAUAGGAUGUAUGAAACUGUCAAUGAAGGGCUGAAGAUAGAGGUCCUUUAUGGUGAUGAACAUGUUGCUCAGUCUCCCUAUAUUUUGAAAGGACCCGUGUACCAUGAGUACUGUGAAUGUCCAGAAGAGGAUCCUCAAGCCUGGCAGAGAACUCUGUCUUGUCCAACCAAGGAACCACAGAUUGCAAAAGAUUUUGCUUCUUUCCCCAGCAUCAACCUCCAGCAGAUGCUAAACGAAAUUCCAAAAAGGUUUGGGGAGGAGAGGGGUGCUAUUGUUCAUUACACGAUUCUCAAUAACCACAUCUACAGAAGAUCUUUAGGGAAAUACACAGACUUCAAAAUGUUCUCAGAUGAGAUUUUGCUGUCACUGGCAAGAAAGGUCCUUCUCCCAGAUGUAGAAUUUUAUGUCAAUCUUGGAGACUGGCCUUUGGAGCAUCGAAAAGUCAAUGAAACCCCUGGCCCUUUACCUAUCAUUUCAUGGUGUGGCUCUUUGGAUUCAAGAGAUGUUAUCCUUCCUACAUAUGACAUCACCCACUCUACGCUUGAAGCCAUGAGGGGUGUUACAAAUGAUCUCCUUUCUAUUCAAGGACAUACAGGGCCUUCCUGGAUCAAUAAAACAGAGAAAGCUUUCUUCAGAGGCAGAGACAGCCGAGAAGAAAGGCUCCAGUUGGUGCAGCUGUCCAAAGAAAAUCCACAGCUCCUAGAUGCAGGAAUUACAGGAUAUUUCUUCUUCCAAGAGAAAGAAAAGGAGCUUGGAAAAGCCAAAUUGAUAGGUUUCUUUGACUUCUUUAAGUACAAGUAUCAAGUGAAUGUGGAUGGGACUGUGGCUGCUUACAGAUAUCCGUAUCUCAUGCUUGGAGACAGUUUGGUUCUGAAGCAGGACUCACCAUAUUAUGAGCAUUUCUAUAUGGCACUAAAGCCUUGGAAACAUUAUGUUCCAAUUAAAAGAAAUCUUACUGAUCUGCUAGAGAAAGUUGAAUGGGCCAAGGAACACGAUGAAGAAGCCAAGAAGAUUGCAAAAGAAGGGCAGUUGACUGCUCGGGACUUGCUGCAGCCCCACAGGCUUUACUGCUACUAUUACAGAGUAUUGCAGAAAUACGCCGAGCGCCAGACCAGCAAACCUGAAAUACGUGAUGGAAUGGAAUUAGUUCCUCAGCCAGAUGAUAGUUCAUCUAUCUGCCAAUGCCACGGGAAAACACCUUUAAGAGAAGAGCUUUAAGUCAGCUGAGAGUCACACUCCUGCAUAUCCUUCAUGGCAUCUUUCAGAUGGAGUCUAAGCUGUGAAGACUGUAAAGACAGCCUGGAAGACUGCAUGCAGAGGACUGCUUUGCUUGGUGGCUUAUAUAAUGUGGACGGACAGUGCAAUAUUACCAAAUAGCAAGUAUUACCAAAUUAGUAUUACCAAAUACCGAGUAUUACCAAAUAUCCUAAGAUAUUAAUUUCUUUUGAAUAACAAAUGCUAUUAUCAGCAUCAGGAUCACAGUCGAUAGAGAGGCUUGCCAAAAUAUAAAUAGCUCUCUAUGAAACUAUUGACAUUGUAUUUAUUGGUUUGUUUCUAUUCCUUGUUCAUUUUCCCUCUUCUAAUUAUGAAGAAAAAAUGUUUUUGGGGGCUUUUAUCCCCCCUCAUUGCCUAAUGUCUUCUCCUACAAGGUGGUUUUGGCAUCCAGUAGUAGCAAGCUUCCUUUUGGAAGGUCAGAUAAGAAUAAAAAGGAAAGAUGAGGAUAACUCUGUUGUUAAAGGGA